AUGGGUUCUGACGCACAAUCUAAGCUUCCUAUAGUUGACUUCAGAGAGGAAAAUUUGAUUCCAGGCACAAAUUCAUGGGUAUCAACAUCCAAUUUGGUCCGAGGUGCACUUGAAUCAUAUGGUUGUUUUAUAGCAGUUUACGAGAAAAUCACUUCGGAACAGCAUAAUGAAGUGUUCAAAUCUGCGAAGGAGUUGUUUGAUCUUCCAGUGGAAACAAAAGUGAAAAAUAAUUCAAAUUUUGCUGGCUCUGGAUAUGGUGGGAACUACCCUAUGAUGCCGCUCUUGGAAUACAUGGGAAUUGAAAAUGGAGCAAAUCUUGAAGCUACUAAGAACUUCACGAGCAUCAUGUGGCCUGAUGGAAACGAUAGUUUCUGUGGUACUGCACAUUUAUACUGCAAGCUGCUAUUGGAAUUGGAUCAAGCAGUGAUGCAAAUGGUGGUUGACAGUUAUGGAGUGCAGAAAUAUUACAAUCCCUUAAUUCAAUCGUCAUUUUACUUGACAAGAUUCAUGAAAUAUCGAGUCCCCGAGGAGAAUGAGAUUAAUAUUGGACUUAUACCUCAUACUGACAAGAAUUUUUUGACCAUAAUUGAUACAAAUCAUGUAAGAGGUUUGGAGAUAGAAACAAGAGAUGGUGAGUGGAUUGAUUAUUAUCAGCCAUCGCCUUCCACUUACCUAGUCAUGGCAGGCGAGCCGAUGAUGGCAUGGAGCAAUGGACGAAUUCAUGCUGCGCUACAUAGGGUUGUCAUAAGAGGAGAAGAAGAGAAAUAUUCUAUUGGAAAUUUUUCCUUCAUCAGUGGUUUGGUGCAAGUACCAGAAGAGCUAGUUGAUGGUGAAAACCCAUUGAAAUUUAAGCCAUUUAGUCAUCCGGCAUUUCUUGAGUACUGCAAAGAAGCGGGACCUACAAUGGAAAGUGCCAUUAAAACCUUUUGUGGAUUUUGA